AUGAAAUCAAAGUUGGGUGAAGCUCAGAUAGCAACACACUUGCAGCUUAUCACAUCACAAUCAGAACCCAAUUUCCCCACAGAACAACUCACCAAAACACCAUCCACACAAGAUCCCACACUCCCAACAUCGAACAUCACCGUACUAAGUCCCUUCCCUAUAACAAAAAUCUUCCUCCCGAUUCCCACUAGCCGACAUGGCGGGAAAACGAGGUGGGUUGAUAUUCUCCUCACGGCCAUCCAUUCCCGAACAUCCUCCUGCCACAUCAUCAGCCUCAAACCUGACACCUGGUCCAAAACGUACAACCUCCCGUCGAUCACGACAGCUGGACCCCGCCAGCCAGAUGCCACGUCAUCAUCCCCAUGUUGCCAGAUUCCGCUCGAAGGAUCAUAA